AUGAAGUUCAGUGUUAUUGUCGGUUCAUUUGUCUUCGCUGUCGCUCAAGUGAAAGUUGCGGCACAGGGCAUCCCGUUGCGAGCUUCUUCCACAAUUCACAUAAAUCUAUCACCUACCUCGGACGAGAAUGCCGUCAAAGUCAACCAAGGAUUUAUAGGAUUUGGGAUCGAAAUGAGAAGCUUCCCACACUACGCUGGCCAAGAGAAUCCAAACCAGUUUUCGAACAACCUUCUCAAGGCAAUAUCAGAUCGAACGGCCAAAGCCCUACUGUUUUUACCGGAAACUCUACAGUCUGUCACCUCCACACAAACGGCACAAUUGGAACGCCUUGGCUCCAUGGAUUCAAAAAUUUCAAAGCGCCAGUUCGGUAUACUGUUCAAGUUCCUUUAG